AUGACUUCUCGAAAAUUCUUUGUUGGUGGCAACUUCAAGAUGAACGGCACUCAGGACUCCCUCAAAGAUAUCGUAAAGGUCUUGAAUGACGCUCAGCUCGACCCUAAUGCCGAAGUGGUGAUCGCUCCACCAGCACUCUACCUUCUCCCUGUCAGAGAUUUCACCAAAAAAGAAAUCCUUGUUGGUGCACAGAAUGGUUACUAUGAGAAAUCAGGAGCAUUCACCGGAGAGAUCUCGUUCGAUCAACUCGUGGAUGCAAAGAUCCCAUAUGUGAUCUUAGGUCACUCAGAGCGUCGAAGCUUGUUCCAUGAAGAUUCCCAAUUUGUCGGAGUCAAGACCGGUGCUGCUCUAGCUGCUGGGUUGUCCGUCAUCGCCUGCAUUGGAGAGACUUUAUCGGAACGCGAGUCCGAUAAGACCCUGUCGGUAGUAGAAUCUCAACUUGAAGGUAUCAAGAGCGGGAUUGAGAAAUACGGCCAAAGCUGGAAGAACGUGGUAGUGGCUUAUGAACCAGUUUGGGCAAUUGGAACUGGGAAAGUAGCAACACCUCAACAAGCUCAAGAGGUUCACAAGGCAAUCAGAGCUUGGUUUGCUAAGAAAGUUGAUUCAAAAGUGGCCGAGUCGAUUCGGAUCAUCUACGGUGGUAGUGUAAAUGGAAAGAACUGCGAUGAGUUAUCUCGAGAGGUAGAUAUCGACGGGUUCCUCGUAGGUGGUGCUUCUUUGAAGCCUGAAUUUGUUCAAAUCGUCAACGCUGGCAAAUCAAAAUUGUAA